UAUCCUAAUCUUAGCCGUAUGGCAUUAGAUAUCUUAAGUAUUCCUGCUAUAUUAGCUGACCCUGAGCGUCUGUUUUCUAGCGCCAAGUUACUAAUUUCGGAUCUACGGAAUAAGCUCGGUAUGGAUAUUAUUAAGGCCUUUGAGUGCUUGAAAUCAUGGUAUAAGAUCAAGGGAUGGGAAGCUAAAUCAGAGUGGUUGGAGAAAAUUAUUGAUAUUAAAGCUGGUUUGAGCUUGUAA